GGGCCAGAUACAAGAGCCUGAAACGCCACAAGAACUCUUGGUCCCCGUCCACGCACGCAGUACGCAGAGACACACACACACAUGGCGUCAUCAGUAAGCUUCGGCACGGUCGCGCCGGCAGUGGCAUCGCCGGCCGGCGGCAGGAGUACUCUGGGCCGCCGCGCGGCGCGCCCGUCCACCGCGCGCACCAUCCCCGCCGCGACGAAGAUGGUGGCGGCGGCGAAGCAGGAGCAGAAAGGCCUGUUCGACGCCAUCUUCGGCGCGCUGUACAAGGAGGAGCAGCUGCUGGAGACGGACCCCAUCCUCAACAAGGUCGAGGGCAAGGCCCCCGCCGCCGCGCCGGCGUCGAAGACAGCCGCCGGCAAGGCGGCGGCGGCGGCCGAGCAGAGCGGCGGCAAUGGCGGGUUCCUCGGCGGGCUCUUCAACAACUCCAAGAAAGGGUGAACGUUCUUGUCGGAGCCCAUGGAUUGGAAGGCUCGCGAACACAGGAGUUCUUGCUCGUGAAGUAUAUCUCGUCGAUCAAAUCUUGUUCAGCCGCCUCCAUUGUAAAGCGCUUAUUUUACCAUUGUUUCAGAGGAGCCAUAUCUCUAGGCAUCCCAUUGAUCAUCUCCAGUGCAACUAUCUUCUUGCUCCUGUAGUCCUGUGUCACAGUAUAUUAUUGUAAAAAAGCAACAUCAGAGCACCUGAGGAGGGGUUUUUUUUCAA